AUGAAAAAUGUUCACACGCGCUCCUCUCUCGACAGUUCCCGGGAGCCUAGAGUACCCGAAGGAGUUUUGACUUGCAAAGCAGCGCGCAGAGAUUUUUCAGAGGGCGACUUACUUAGUAGUGUUGCUAAAAGCCAGUUUGCAAUGGGACGCAUUGAGAAAUCCCGAGUGGAGCUAAGCCAUGUAUUAAGUGUUAGGCCCGAGGCCAAGUCCGCCGCAGACUGCCUGCAAAUCUUGGCUGCAUUCUCGAACAUUCCAGAAGAUGUAGCUAGGAUUAAACGAUGUGGUAUAUUCAACAAUUACACUAUAUCCGAACCAUUCCCGCAGGAUGCAAUGGGCGUGUUAAUUGGCUGGGUGCGGGAAUGUAUCGGGGCUGACGCUCGGGGCCGGAGCGACGAGUGGACACUGGCCAGUCAUUGCGUGAAUGAUAAUUGCCGAGCGUUGAGCGCCGUAUAA